ACUUCGAUUCACAACCGCAGAUCAUCUGGCCUUGUUCAAGGAAGAGUGCUAUCCUUGCCCGACUUUGUGUCUUUCUUCAACAACCUCUUUAAACACUUAGACGACCAAAAUGGGCGGUGGAGGAGCUGCUGGUGCCGAUGCGGCUUUCGGCAUCCCUACCCAGGGACCUUCGGGAUUUAGGGGUCUCGUCAGUAACAAAAAGGCGUUGGGUCUCGCGACCUUCGCAUCGUUGGGUGGAGUGUUGUACGGAUACAACCAAGGAGUGUUCGCACAAGUGCAAGUGAUGUAUGAUUUCCAACGAAGAUAUCAAGCGGUCUUGGGUGAUCCCGAUCUCAGUCAAGAAGCUCUCGACGAUAGCGUCGACGCCGUCAAGAAGGGUUUACUUACCUCUAUCCUUGAAUUGGGAGCUUUCGUCGGAGCCCUUAUCGCUGCGCCGAUUGCCGAUAAGAUCUCUCGUAAACGCUCGAUCUCGAUGUGGUGUGUAGUGUUCAUGCUCGGAACAGCUUUGCAGGUUGGAGCGAACGACAACAUCGAUUUCAUCUGGGCUGGACGAUGGAUCGGUGGUAUGGCCGUCGGAGCACUGUCGAUGUUGGUGCCCAUGUACAACGGAGAGCUCGCGCCUCCCGGUAUUCGAGGAUCUCUUGUCGCGUUGCAACAGCUGGCCAUCACGUUCGGUAUCUUGAUCAGUUACUGGAUCUCAUACGGCACAAACUUUAUCGGAGGAGAGGCAGCCUGGAGGAUUCCCUUGGCUCUGCAGCUGAUCCCCGCCAUCGUCCUCUGCGGUGGAGCCUUCUUCCUCCCGUACUCGCCUCGAUGGUUGAUGUUGCGUGGAAGGGAGGAGGAAUGUUUGAUGACCUUGGCGAACUUGCGAGAUGCCGAACCCGAAUCGCUUCUCAUUCAAUCGGAAUACAUGGCGCUGCAGGCCGAGCAGUUGGUCCAGGAGGACGAGAAGCACGAGCGAUACGGGCCUGGAAAGAGCGAGUUCUACUAUGCGAUCCGGGAUUACAAGCGACUCUUGACUACCAAGACUUUGCUCCACCGAUUGUUUUUGGGAGCUUCCGCGCAGGCUCUCCAGCAGUGGUCAGGUAUCAAUGCGGUCAUCUAUUACGCGCCUACCAUCUUCAGGUCCAUCGGUUUGCCUGAGAGUAUGACCGGAAUUCUCGCCACCGGUAUCGUCGGAGUCGUCAACUUUGUCUUCACCAUCCCUGCUGUGCUCUUCGUCGACAACUGGGGUCGAAAGCCCACACUGCUUCUGGGUUCCCUUUCGCUCGCCAUCUGUCUCGCCAUCAUCUCCGCGAUCGUCGCUCAGUUCGGUGACAAUUGGACUGCCAACCAGACCGCUGGAAACGCCGCCGUCGCCUUCCUCUACAUCUACAUCGCCAUCUUUGCCGUCACGUGGGGUCCCCUGGCUUGGGUCGUCUCGACUGAAGUCUUCCCCCUGUCUCUUCGUGCCAAGGGUAUGGGCUUCUCUUCCGCCGUCAACUGGCUCAUGAACUUCGUCGUCGCGACCAUCACUCCUAUCGCCUUGCAAAACAUCGGAUACGGCACCUACUUGCUCUUCAUGGCGUUCAUGAUCCUCGGAGUGUUAUGGGCGUUCUUCUUGCUGCCCGAGCUCAAGAACAGGACUUUGGAAGAGAUCGACGCAUUCUUCCGAGACCAGUCCGGUGCCGAGGAUGCCGCUCGUCGUCAAAGGAUCGCUAAACAGAUCGGAUUGGACAAGCUCCCUGUCCAGGAGGUCAAGCACCAGGAAGAUGUUUCGCACGCUGCUUAGAGACAGAUCUUCUCUUAAAUCUUGUAUACAUGAAACGCCGCGUCAGCCCUGUGGCGGAUAUCCGCUCAUUAAUUCGAAUAGCUCAAGCGGUCCGAUCUUGCGAUCGGUGACGUCCACGUAGACGGUGUCCAAGGAGUACCUGCUGUUUUCUCUAAGCCGAUGGUUCUUGUUAGAUAUUGCAAAUACUCGAAAGGCAGAAGGUUCCGAAACGUGUUCUUAUCCUGGAGAUGGUAAACAGUUGGAUGUCCGUUG